CACAGCGCCGCCCUGCGAGUCUGCUAAGAAGAUCUGUCUGAGGAGGACAAUUUAGUAGAAUGACGGCACAUUUCCUUCAGAUACUCCAUUUUCAUCUGUAGUUAUUAUUCCUAGUGCAUAUUUCUGGCAGGACGAAACUAUAACCAGCCAGUGAAGACAAGGGUGAACAUCUUUGGCUCUCCCCUGUAGCCCAGAAGGCAACACAAGUACACCCGGGGGACGUGGAUCCUGGAGGAGAAUGGACUUCCCAGGCCACUUUGAGCAGAUCUUCCAGCAGCUCAAUUAUCAGCGUCUGCACGGUCAGUUGUGUGAUUGCGUCAUCGUGGUGGGCAAUCGACACUUCAAGGCCCAUCGCUCCGUGCUGGCGGCCUGCAGCACCCACUUCAGAGCCUUGUUCACGGUCACAGAGGGAGACGCCAGUAUGAAUAUGAUCCAGCUCGACAGUGAGGUGGUGACAGCGGAGGCGUUUGCGGCGCUGGUGGAAAUGAUGUACACCUCCACCCUCAUGCUGGGAGAGAGCAACGUGAUGGACGUCCUGCUCGCCGCCUCUCACCUGCACCUCAACAACGUGGUGAAAGCCUGCAAACACUACCUGACCACGCGCACCCUGCCUGUGUCCCCGCCCCGCGACAGACCGCCCCCUCCCCGCCAGCAGCAGGAGCAGCAGAGGCACCGGCAGCAGGCGGGCGAGAGCGCCGCCAACCCCGCGUCGGCCGCCAACGCUAACCUGGCCGCCAACGCCGCCACCUCCAAGCUGCAGCGCUCCUUCCUGCUGCAGCAGCUGGGCCUCAGUUUGGUGAGCUCCGCUUUAGGCGUGAUGGAGGAGGACCGGGCGGUGGAGCAGAGAGCCCCCUUCCCCAUCCGCCGCUUCCACAAGCGCAAGCCCUCCCUGGGCGCGGGCGAGGAGCCGCCCAGGCAGAGGCAGCGGCCCGCCGCGCCCACAUUAGGGCUGCUGUCGCAAGGCCGAGAAGAAGGAGGGCUUCUGUCGCCCGACUCCCACAAAAUGGGGGAGCACUCCAAAUUGGAGGCGGGCGGACUGUGCGCCCCGCAGGACGACCCCCAGAUGCCGAGUCAGUCGGAUGGCGGGCGCUGCGAGGGGGACGACUCCUCGGGGAGGCUGCAGGCAGGAGUGGGCAAGGAGGAGGACAUGGAGGACGGAGACCCCCAGAACGACAGAGCCGGGAUGAAGAUCAAGUCAGGAGGCGAGGAGGAAGAGGAGGCGGAAGAACAGAAGGUGCUGGUCAAACAAGAGCCGCUAAGUUCACCCGAGCCGGCGGACGAAGUGAGCGACGUGACGUCGCAGGCGGAAGGCAGUGACCCGGCCGAGCCUGCGGGCGGGGAGGAGGCGGAGAAAGUGGAGCUGAGCCCGGAGAGCAGCGACGACCGCGGCUUCAAUCCGGAGCCGCAGCCCAGCUCCGACUCGCUGCUGCAGCCCGGCUCACAGCUCCUCCUCAAGGCCAGCAUGGGAGGGGGCGGGGCGGGCUUCAGGUGCGGCAACGGCGGGAACAGCAAACCCGACUUCAGUAUUUCCAGCUUCCUUAGCCCGAAGGAUUUCGGGAGUGGCGGCGGGGGCUUGAUUGGUGGCGAGGAUGACCUUCCCAACACCACCACCGGGGACGCUGUGGCCCAUAACUUCCUGCUGAGGCAAGAGGCUCCUGGACUGCCCGGUUCUGCGCCAUCCUCCCUGCUCCAGUCUGACAGCGAAGGCCGUACUCAGUUCAGAGAGAACAUACAAGCCGACUCCCUUUUCCUUCACCCGCUGCAUAACGGUUUUGGGCACCCUAGAGGAAGUGGCGGCAAUGGAGGCCGGGGAGGCGUCGAUCAAUUCAAUUUGGACUUCCAGCGCUCCAGUCUGGGGUUACAUUCCUUAGGACGGCCCACGCGUAGCGCCGGUGGGCCAACCCCCAGCGUCCUCGGAUACCCGGGCUACAGACGCGUCACCCCGAAGAUGACCAACGGCAUGGGGCGGGAGGAGGGCGGCGUCCUCCAGGACCCCGCCUCCUCCUCGUCCAGCCUGGCGAGCCCCAUGCUCCUCGGCGAGGGCUCCGGGUACGACGUGUCGGGCGGCCGGCCCACGUCCCUCCCACCGCAGCUCACCCGGGCCUCGGCGGACGUGCUGUCCAAGUGCAAGAAGGCUCUGUCGGAGCACAACGUCCUGGUGGUGGCGGGCGCUCGCAAGUACGCCUGCAAGAUCUGCUGCAAGACCUUCCUGACGCUGACCGACUGCAAGAAACACAUCCGCGUCCACACGGGGGAGAAACCCUACGCCUGCCUGAAGUGCGGGAAGCGCUUCAGCCAGUCCUCACACCUGUACAAGCACUCAAAGACCACCUGUCUACGCUGGCAGAACAGCAACAUGUCCAACGCCCUCCUUUAGAGCGCCUUGUUUUUGCACCCGGAAACAAACGGAGGAUGCUUGAAGGGGAGAUAAUGGCCUAGUAAUAACCCUCUGUGGGGGGGGGGGCGUGGCCUGCGGACCUGCAGCGAAGCGGAGUGUGUCAGGAUCGGCUUCGAGAUUAGCGACAGGUGAUCAGACAAACACUCACAGCUGUGUCAUCUACGCACCUGUCACUAAUCUCGAAGCCGAUCCUGACGCACCCCGCUUCGCUGCAAUUCCGCAGGCCACGCCCUCAAAUAGACCCAUAACUUAAAGGCAACAUACCUACCUAUGGCAGGGGUGUCCAAACCACAGCUCGCGGGCUAAUUGUUCAGUUUGACCCGCGAAACAUCCCAAGUUUAAUAGGAACUCUUGACCCUUGACGCCUCCAACUUACUUUAAAAUAUCCGAUCGUGUAAUUGCUGCAGGUUUAAGUAAUUCAGGCUAAUGACUAUGAAUUAGACUUUGAAGUGGCCACGGCAUGACCCGAUCCGAACAACCUUUCCCCCCACUCAUGGCGCAAAUAAACCCGCAGAAAAAGUCAACACACAACACAACCUGCUCACUGAGCUUUGUGGAUGUUCUAAAAAAAAAAAAUGUCCAAGCACCACACAUAAUUCAAAAUGACACCCGUUUAAAUCCCCUGCAAUGCAUGAUGGUGUUAGAAUAAUUGUUUCUAAGUUAUCACAAAAACGUUGUGUUACAUUGAGUGCCUGGCG